AUGGAUGGCUCUGCAGAAGGAGGGGGGCCGGACGUGGUCAAUGACACAAGCAGUAGGAAGAGCUGGGCAGAAGGCAACCCUGAGCUGUCCUUCCGUGUGGUGACAGCUGCCUUACUCUUCCUUCUCAUCCUCUCCACCCUCCUGGGCAACACCCUGGUGUGUGUGGCUGUGGUCAGGUUCAGACACCUGCGCUCCAAGGUCACCAAUUCCUUCGUUAUCUCCUUGGCAGUGUCCGACCUCCUCGUGGCUCUGCUGGUGAUGCCCUGGAAGGCUGCCUCCCAGGUGGCAGGGCACUGGCCCUUUGGGGCUUUCUGUGAUGUUUGGGUGGCUUUUGACAUCAUGUGCUCCACAGCCUCCAUCCUCCACUUGUGCAUCAUCAGCCUGGACCGUUACUGGGCCGUUUCCAACCCCUUCCGCUACGAGAGGAGGAUGACGCAGCCUGUGGCCUUCGGCGCCAUCGCGGUGGCCUGGCUGCUGUCCCUCCUGAUCUCCUUCAUCCCUGUGCAGCUGAGGUGGCACAAGGACCACCUCCUCAGCCAGCAGGAGCCAGGUGUUCAUGUCCCUGGGGAAGAGGAGGAAGAGGAGAACUGCGACUCCAGCCUCAGCAGGACCUACGCCAUCUCCUCCUCUCUGGUUAGCUUCUACAUCCCUGUGGCCAUCAUGCUGGGCACCUACAGCUGCAUCUUCCGCACCGCCCGGCGGCAGAUCCGCAGGAUCUCCUCCUUGGAGAGGGCAGCAGGCCAUGCCCAGGGCUGCCAGGCUGCUGACUGUCCUCAGGAAGCCUCCCUGAAGAACUCCUUCAAGAAGGAGACCAAGGUCCUGAAGACCCUUUCCAUCAUCAUGGGCGUCUUUGUCUUCUGCUGGCUGCCCUUCUUUGUGCUCAACUGCACGGUGCCCUUCUGCGACCUCUCCCUGCAGGAGCCAGGGGAGUUCCCCUGUGUCAGUCAGUCUGUCUUCAGCACCUUUGCCUGGCUUGGCUGGGCCAACUCCUGCCUCAACCCCAUCAUCUACGCCUUCAACGCAGACUUCCGCCGAGCUUUCGCCUCCCUCUUGGGCUGCGGCCGCCUGUGCCCCAGCGACGCGGUGGAGAGGGUGAACUUCAGCAACGAGCUGGUCUCCUACCACCCUGACACCACCUGUCAGAGGGAGGUGGUGGUGACCCUCAGCUACCCCCAGCUGCUCCCCCACGCUGCUCUGCAGGUGGAAAGCAAGGAGGUGUCCUUGGAGAGGGAGUCGCAGGUCUCUGAGCCCUCUGGCAGCGCCGUGCUGGUUUCAGAUCCAGCCCGGGUGGGCAGCAGAGAUCUGCUGGCUGCUCCCUGAAGUUGACCCACGGGAAAAAUGCUUUCUGCAGCAGACCAAAAGGCAAGGGCUCGAAUUCCACCAUCCCUGGGAUUUCAGCUGAGCAAGCAAAGACUUGUGUGGUCUGCUGAGCUUCUGCUCCACAGCUCCUGAAGCACAAAUGCAGCUGUGCUUGUGGGGACAGAGCCUGCUUUGGUUGUGUCCAAGAGGCCACCAGCCCAAGGCUGCUCAAUGGGCACAAUGCUGCUGGCAGGA